UUAGAAGCAAAUUUAUUCAUUCGAAAAUACCGUCUGUAAUAAAGGGUAACAAACAUUUUUUAUCUUGAUAUGAAUAUUGCUUAAGAUGUUGAUACAUGAAACAGUGGGUUUUUUAUAGUGUUAAAUCAUUGACUAUAACAAUUGCAUAUCAAUUGGAUUUAGUGACAGGCUAAUAGAAAAGCGUUACAGUGACGGCGGGGAUAUACAGGGUGGAUUAAUUAACAUAUAUUUAAUAAAAACCAUUAAGGUGAACUUAUAGUGACGGUGGGGACAUACAGGGGGAGUUUUUAGUGCGACAAGACCUGAAAAUCGCAUAUCAAUUGGAUUAAGUGUCAAAUAUAAGAAAAAGCGUUAAGUGACAGUAAUAUUUAUUCGCAAAAACCGGCAACAGCUUUGUUAUGAUAGGACUACCAUCCACAUUGUAAUGCAACGACAGUAACCAGUAAAACGUAUUCAGUUGCAGAUUAAAAGCUUACAGUGAUUUACGAGUAGUUUCGUGUUUUUAUUUCUUUUGUUGUUGAUUAUGUAAGGAAAAAAUACUUCCAUUUGGAUGGAUUGAAUCAUAUGAAUAAUGUUAAUUGGGAUGUUCUUGUUUCACCGUCAACAUGGAAAGGAUUUUUAAAAUCAAGACGAAAACUAAUAGAGUACUACAAUCACAAUAUCCUUCAGAAAGAAGAUAUUCCGCUUCGAUUGUGAUAGGACUUAGUGUGGUGUUUUUGCAAUUAUGUUUUUACUCUAUAUUGAUGGGGGUUUUGAUUGUACAAAAAUUAACAGUACAAUCUUCUACGAACAAUUCUUUUAACCAAAACGAGACUGAGAUUUCAAUCUUUUCUUCAACGAACAAUAGUGAUAUAGAAAAUUUUGAUUCCGUUACCAAUAAAACAUACAAAAACGAAAUUGAUUCGUAUAGGAAAAUGGAUUCAAAUACAAUUCUACAAAAUUCCCAAACUUAUGUUGACCUACCAACUUUGAUGUGUUCGGGGUGUUUUUUAAUGGCUGCAGGGUUCGCUUUAUGUUUCAUUACUGGUACAAUAGCUUGGAAACGAUGGUACAUUGAUAGAAAUAUUACUUUCUUUUUUGUAGCUUCUACGUUUUCUACAAUAACUGCUUUAAUUGGAUUACUAUUUUCCUUACUAACUUGUUUGAAUUUAAAUUUCAAUUAUGACACUUACAUUUACGAAGCAGCCACGAUUUCCCCUAUAACUUUCAGUUUAACUAUGAAUAUUAUAAUAUUGUCUUUGAUUGGAUUAAUGUGGUCAAUAUUAUCUGCUAAAGUGGCUUAUGUCGGAAUGAGGUCUUCGUAUCCGGAUGAUAUGAUUAUAAGUAAAGGAAGACAUGUGGAAGUUUCAACUGUGAAAAAAGGAAACGGUAAAUGCACGUUUCCUUCGGAUAUUCUAGAUCAUUUUCCUUCAGGAGAGAAGCUUGCGAGAUAUUUACCAAAAAAAGAUAGUGGAGAUUUACCGAAGGCUGAAAGUAGUUUAGAAUAUCGACAGAGAGUUGAUAGAUUUUUAUCAGAGGUGCCAGAAGUUGGUAGUGAAAAAUCGUGUACAUAAAAUUAUUUUUAAGAAUUUGAAGUAAAAUUAUGUUGUUUAUGGCGAAUCUCCAGUAUUUCGAAAAUAACUUGUAUAGUUUUUUUGAAAUUUUAUUAAAAA